AUGGCAGCCACCAUCACUACUUCGGACAACGUCCUCGAUGCGCGGAUCCAGGACCUCGCACAGGAGCUUCAAGAUCAGAUCUUCAAGAUGGCUUUCCUCGAGAUCCCCGACACCGUCGCCAUCGUUCCAGACCAUCGUGCGCCCGCCGCUCUGCAGCUGAACCGCGCUAUUCGAGCCAAGUUCGCGGAGGAAUACUAUAGAAAAGUCGUCUUCGUCGGACAAUUCACCAACGCAACCCCUAUUCUCUUGCCAGCCUGGCUUUCCCAGCUCUCCGAAGAGCACCAGAACGCGAUCCGCAGCAUUCGCAUCGCCGUAUCGGAUGUAGCGGGAUUCACGGUAUCAAGUCUGGGACGGUGGAUCUACGACAGCUUGGAGGACGUCCGAAACGGAGCGGAAAUACCUCGUGGCACUCUUGACAUCCGCAAAGCCUCCUUUGCAAACCUCUAUAUCGCGGCMAAGCUUGUCAACACCUGUGGAGGCAUCACUUGGGCCGCUGAAGGAUCGCAUGACUCCUUCAAGAUCCGGCGCACUGCACAUGUGCUGUAA